AUGGAUGCGCAGAUCGAGAACGCGAUCCAAAUAGCCUGGGACCCUCAGUCCGACCCCUCUCUUAAGAGCCAAGCCUUCGAGUUCUUGCAGCAGCUUCGGGCAGAUCCCUCUGCUUGGCACAUAUGCUCGACGCUUUUUACCAAGUCACCGCGGUCGGCCGACGUGGUUCGUCUUGUAUCUCUUGAGAUCGUUAACCUGGCUGUGCAAGUCCAGCAGCUCGAUGCUGCCAGCCUCACGUUCCUCAAGGAUUCUCUGCUCGACUAUGUCAAGCGAACUUAUGGCCCGGGUGCUCAGGAUGAGCCAGAUGUCCCCAGCUUGCAGAACAAGCUCACACAGACUCUGACAUAUCUGUUUGCACACUUGUACAAGUCGGGUUGGGAAACUUUCCUCACGGAUUUUCUCGCCUUGACGGCCUCGUCGGAUGGGAACCCUCGCCAGAGGGACAACAUCCGAGGUGUUACUCUGUACCUGCGAAUCCUAGGCUCCGUACACGAUGAGAUCGCCGACAACAUGCUGGCCCGCCAGGGCAACGAAGGCAAGCGCAACGCCGAGCUGAAGGAUGCCAUUAGAGAAAGGGAUAUGCGGAUUGUGGUCGAGUCGUGGCAGGACUUGCUUUCGCAGUAUACCGGACGAAACGACGCUAUCCUAGAGCACACACUAAAGGUUAUGGCCAAGUGGGUUAGCUGGAUCGACAUAUCCCUGGUAAUCACCCAGGAUAUGCUCAACUUGCUGUUCCCUCUCAUUGGACGUGUAAACGCCCAAGGUGGAGCCGACAUGGUCCGGGAUGCAGCGAUCGAGGCGUUCACUGAGAUAGCAGGCAAGAAGAUGAAGCCUGCGGACAAGACGGAGCUUAUCAGCUUUUUGAACCUGCGUCAAAUCAUCUCAGAGCUAGUCGCCAGCCCACCCCUCAGCCAGUUCCGCGGUACUCACCGAUACGAUAGCGACCUGGCAGAAUCCGUGGCGAAGUUGGUCAAUGUGGUCGUCACGGACGUUGUCAAGGUUCUGGAGGACGGGUCCGUAGGAGAGGAGACACGGGCAAAGGCUGGACAGCAUCUGCAAGAUUUCCUACCGCUGCUGCUACGCCUUUUCUCGGAUGAAUACGACGAGGUCUGCUCAACCGUCAUACCAUCCCUCACAGAUAUUCUUACGUUUUUGCGCAAGGUCCCCGAGCUACCCGACGCCUACAGAGAAAUGCUACGACCCAUCAUGGAUGCCAUUGUCGCUAAGAUGCGAUUCGACGAAACUUCACACUGGUUCGAAGGCGAAGAAGCUGAAGAGGAGGCCGACUUCCUCGAACUACGUAAGCGUCUGCAGAACCUCCAGAAGAGUGUAGCGGCUGUGGACGAGAACUUGUUCAUCGACGUUAUGAGCAAUCUUGUCGCAACUACGCUGCAGAACUUGGACGAGCGGGGUGCACAAAUGGACUGGCGGGACAUAGAUCUCGCGCUGCACGAGCUGCUACAGUUUGGGGAAUUGGCCUUGCCCAAUCAAGGGUUGGCCGCCAAGAGUCAACCAUCUAGCAAUGCUGCGGAGAGGCUCAAUGUUAUCAUGCGCAAGCUGGUUGAAUCAUCUAUCGCCGACUUCCCCCAUCCGGCAGUCCUGCUCCAGUACAUGGAGGUCUGUGUUCGUUACUGCGUCUUCUUUGAGACCAAUCAUUCCUACAUCCCUCGGGUGCUGGAGAACUUUGUUCGUUUGGUCCAUUACGAUCUCACAAGGUUUCGGGUGCGGUCCUGGUAUCUGUUUCACAGGUUCGUGAAGCAGUUGCGGGCUCAGGUCGGUAACGUAGCCGAGACGAUAAUACAAUCGAUCGCGGAUCUCCUGCCCAUCAAGGCCGAGGUGUCUGCGGAAGACGGCUCCGAGGAUGACAUGUCGUCGGACCAAACCGACAACUCAGCCGACGCCAUCUUCAAUAGCCAGUUGUACCUGUUUGAGGCCAUUGGCUACAUUUCAUCCACCUCGGCUACCCCGGUCGACAAGCAGGCUUUGUAUGCAAGGUCAGUAAUGGAGCCAUUAUUCAGAGACAUGGAGAAUCAUCUGGAGAAAGCCAAAUCGGGUGAUGCACAAGCCAUUCUACAGAUCCACCACGUCAUCAUGGCGUUAGGUACUUUGGCCCACGGCUUUGGCGAUCAUGCGAAGCCGGGACAUCAGCGGCAGACACCCGACAAGCUAGUCUCUGCUGAGUUUGCCAGGGCGGCCGAGGCCAUUCUGAUUGCCCUCGGGCAGCUCAAUUCUCGUAUGGAUAUCCGCGCCGCCUGCCGCUCGGCCUUCUCCAAACUCCUCAACGUACUUGGCUCAGCCGUGCUUCCACAACUUCCGCAGUGGAUCGAGGGUCUCCUUUCACAAAGUUCGUCCAAAGACGAGAUGGCCAUGUUCCUUCGUCUGCUAGAUCAGGUCGUGUACGGCUUCAAGACGGAGAUUUCGGAUGUCCUUAACUUGCUGCUCACCCCACUUCUCCAGAGAGUAUUUGCGGGACUCGCUGAACCCAUCACCGGCACCGACGAUGAGAUCCAACUAGGGGAACUGAGGAGGGAAUAUCUCACUUUCCUCCAGAUCAUCCUCGACAAUGACUUGGGAGCAGUGCUGGUCAGCGAAACGAAUCAGGGUUUCUUUGAGUCGAUCAUCUCGUCGGUUGUGAGUUUGGCCAAGACUAGUGGCCAUGUCAAUAUGGUAGCCAGUCGUCUUGCGUUCUGCACGCUGUCCAGGAUCGUCGCCGUCUGGGGAGGCCCGGAUGUGGCCAACAUCUCUGCCAAUCCAUCAGCACCUACCGGCGCCCCGACCCCAGCAAUUCCGGGCUUCGACCAGUUCAUGAUUGAUCGCUUCCACCCUGUCUGCUUCGAGGUGCUGCAAGAUCCGCAGUUCAACCCGAGCAAGGACGCCCAGUCCAAGCAGGUGCUGAACGAGAUAGCAGCAUUGGAGCAGGCUAUUUACGUGAAAACGGGCGAUGCCUUUAUCAGCCAUCUCCAGUCUUCGCUGUUUCCUGCGCUAGGUAUCGACGGGACCGAAUUCCUUCGAUGCAUGACAACAUCGACCGAUAAGAAGACGUUUGGAAACUACCUACAAAACCUAAUCAAGAACCGGAGGUAG